AUGAGACUCUCUUUAACGCUCAUAGCUGUCGUGGCUUCGAUCGCUCUCACCCAAGAUAUAGCCAGCGAUGAGCCUACCGAGGUACACGUCCUAUGGGAACCUGAGAAGGUCGCGGAUGACGCAGAAUGGGCUGCAGCCCGCCAGAAGGGAGAUGAUUUGAUAUGUCGACUCGAAGCCACGGACGAAGCUGCUGGUAGACUAAAUAUGGACACACGAACACCGCCUUCGGCGCGCAAUCAAUGGCCCGAUGCCGCGCUCACAAGUGAGAUAAGUCUCUGGGGUUGGUUUACUGGCGAAUAUGACCAGAAAUCGCAUUGCCAAUUUGCCGAUGAUAACGAAGAUUACCAUGUCAACAAGGUCGGUACGUCGAUUGCGCGAGGACGUUCAUUCCUAUUCCUCCUGGAAAGUCUUCAGGGAACUAUGUUCCAGGAUCUUGGUAUCAAUUCCAGGCCCCAUACAAAAGGCGGAGAUAAUGUGUGUUACAGCAUAGAACACUACAACGAGCGCGCCGAAGAUGACGAUGGAGACACUCUUGCGGCGCAAGACCAGUACUACGACAUCAAUGGUGUUUGGGAGCGGUGUACCGGUGCGCAUGUUCGAUUCGGUAUCAACCAACGAGGCGGACUGAUCAUUGGUCUCGACUUCCUCAACCCUAGAACAGCAGCACUGGCAAAUUGGGAUGACAGCCCAGCAGAAGCUAGCCUCCCGGAGCUCAAGCGCGCCUCGGACAUCAUGAUGGCGUACUGGCUUCGCGGCAAUAUUGACCCCAAAAGCCUCAAAUAUUAUCUUGUGCUCACCAUCAAGAAUACGAUGACUCUCGCUCUCAUCAACAGAGUGUUGAAGAAUCAUGGUCUCAAAGAGGUACCGUACUGGCCUGGUGUGAUAGCCAACAUGUACGACGAGGAAGGCCCGGCGUUACUUGGUGAGUAG